AUGUCAUUUCAAAGCGAUGUUGAAAGUAUUGUAAAUGUCUCAUCAACUGGUGUUAAACACAAUACAGUUAAUAAAGAUAAUGUUCAAGUUUCAUCAGCUGUAAGUCAUGAUGCAGUGAAUAAAGUUGCUUUAAAUGUUGGUUCAGAAAAAUUAUCUCAAUUAAUGGAUCGUUUAUCAACAACACAUGCUCAACUUGAUGAUUAUACACAAAAACGAACACAUCAAAUAUCAAUUGAAACUCGAAAUAUAAUUAAUAAAAUUUUAGAAGAAACAAAAGAUAAACAACGACAACUUUUAUUAGAAGCUCAAACGAAAUCGGAAUUAUUUCAACAAGAAUAUCAAAAUGCUUUACAAAUUAAAAUCAAUCAAUUAAAUGAAGAAAAAGCACAACAUUUAGCACAAUUAGAAAAAGCAUUAAAUGAUCAACAAGAAUUAAUUCUUAUUAAUGCAAGACAAAAUAUUGAUUCAUUACAACAAGCUGCAAAUCAACGUAAAAUAAAUGUUCUUCAAGAAGCUCAAGCAGUUACAAAUGCUCGUUUAGAACAAAUAGCUGAACAAGUUGUUCAUAUUGGACAAGAAGAUUCAGCUAAUCGUUUAGCAUCAACAACAACAACUGUUAUUACAACACAAGCUGUUGCACAAGGACAAACUGAACAUAUUCAACAAACUUAUGUACAAGGACAAACUGAACAUACUCAACAAACUUAUGCACAAGUUGCUGCACAUACAUAA